AUGAAGCUCUUGACAGCAGUUUUCCUCUUACUGUUCAUUGUAAUCUGCUUUACCAGCGUGGAAGGUAAGUUACAGGUUAUUCACUUACCAUGCAUUUCAGCACCUUUUCUCUCUCCCUCAUUCCCUCCCUCCCUCUCUCUCUCUCUCUCUCUUGCACACACAUUUCACUUUUACCGCUUGUUGAAAUAGUUUUGAAAUGUACUUAGAAGCAACUGACACCUGAACUAAAAAAAAAAUCCCAGAGCAAAUAUAUUUUAAGCUAUAGAUUUGUAUAGCAAGAACACCAGAAAAGCAGAAACCCCAGCUUCUUCCCAAAGUUAGCUGAGCUGAAGUGCGUAUCACAAGAAAUAUUCCCCUUGCAUUUAAUCUGGUGUGGACUCCUUUGGAAUGGUGAAUUCACACACAGUGGGGAAAGUAACUAGAACUUUGACCGCUACAGUUUCAGCCAAACUCUGCAGCCCAUUAAGUACUGGUCCCAUGCUCUUGGGAAUGGUUUUAAAUUGGCCACCCUUUAAUCUGAAGGGCUGAUUUUUGCCCAGCUCAGAUGCUGCUUUGACAAUUUGUAUAUCAAAUAAUUCCAAAAGAAUUCAGAAGUCUUUAUAUUCCUUUUCCAAUUUUUUUAAAAAGAAGCAAUCAUUAGCAAAAGUUAUAUUUAACCAUCAUCUGAAUAGUGUGGCUUGACUCUUUAUUUAUCAUAAUGUGCAUUUUUUUUUUACAAAGUUUGAUCACAGCAGGUGCACUUUUAAAAGACAGGACCGCCACAUGGCUUCAAAUACAAAAGAUUGCAGUCCUGUGCAUACUUACUUGUGAAUUAGUCCUAAUCAACUUAUUGGCUCUUACUUACAUAAAUUGGUUGGGUAGUCUACUAACUUCAGUGGAAUUCACUUAACCAUAUACAAUGGUUACAAUCUUAAGAUCUUGCUCAGUGAAAAACUUUUGUUUUUUGCAAUAUGUUGCUUAGGAUUACAGCUAGCCUAUAGAAAAAAUACAGUAAUGUCCUCUUUCAUAUUAAACUGUAGAAAAGAUGACCUUUUUCUAUACUGUAUAUGUUUAAAUAGCUCGUGAAUUAAAGAGAGUUUGGGAGCAGUGAUAAGGACAUGUAUAAUAUGAAAUGAAUUUUAUAUACACAAAUGGGUAAAUACUUUUUCUUCUAGGAUCAAAAUGCAGAUGUGCAAGAAAGGGCCCCAAGAUAAGAUUCAGUGAUAUACAAAAGCUGGAAGAGAAGCCAAAGUAUCCAUAUUGCAAGGAAAGAAUGAUCAUGUAAGUCACACCCUUUUUUAGGGUAUAAUCAAAAUAAAUAUGUUUGUAUCAAUCAGAUUGUUUUUCUGCAUUUUUAAUAUUUUAAAGAGAGAGAAAAUGCCUAUGACAGUAUGGUAACAUGUUAAACCCAGCACAAUUGGUAACUUAUGAAAAUGUUCCAUCUGUCUCUGAUAUACUAAAUCUGCUUAAUUGUAAAUUGCUAGAAAAGAAGGCAAGGCUCAUGAGCGUAAUAUUAAAAUGCCUAUAAAUGUAAUGAGCAACAUUAGGUGCCUUAUCUAUCUAUCAUCUAUCUUUAUUUCAUUGAGCUUCCAAAUAUCUGCUAUAGAAGGCUGCAAUAUUGCACAAGUGCUUGGCAGUAUAAUCCUAUACAUUACUCAGAAGUAAGCCCCACUGAGGUCAAUGAGACUUACUUUCAGAUAAGUGCAUAUAGGAUUGCAACCUUCAUCCCAUUCUCUCCAGUGGGCUUAAAGCAAUUGAGUUCAGGAUUGCACCAUAAGGUUGCCAUAAAUCCCAUCACACUCCGUGGAAUUGAACUUCCACAUAAAUAUUGGCUUGUACAUGUGGAACACCUCUUCGUUGCGUGGAGUAACCGGUGUCAAUAAAUCAAAGUGCUCAGCCUCAAAUAUAAACAUUACCUCUCUAUCUUCGGGGACCUGUUUCAACUUGCACAACUUUGAAUGAGAUCAUUUCUGCUUAGGCAUUUCUUGUGAGGCGUGCCAAAUUAAAAGUCUGAAACUUUUUGUUUGUUUGUUUUCACACUGCCAUGUCAUUUGUCAGAACGGGGCCAGGCCAACAUUAUGAAAUAAAACAAUUAGAAUUCCUCCUCAGGAUGCUGCCUUUGGAACUAGUUACAUAACAAGUGGUAACCAACUUGUUCCCUACUUAGAAAGAGAGAGAGAGAGAAGGCUGUGUUGCAUCACAACUGGGUCUUGUUUGCGUCAGCUGCUGCUAGAAACACAACACAACCCUCCUUAUGCACGACAGCCCUCUCAGCCAUACCAAGGUUGCCAGAAAGAAGCUUGUUCCCUUCCAAAUUGUAAAUAUAAUGUGUGGGCAUGGGGUGGGCAUAUGGAAAGGGGAAAUGGUCAUUUUCAGGACUCACAACAUCUCUGUUGUUGUCUGGGACUGGUCCGCUCCACUGAAAGGUUCUGGGGACCUGCUGACUAGCUCAUGAAUGCAAUGCCAAACAACUGGUGGCUAAUUGUGGCUUGGGACACACCUAGAGGUUAAGAACUAGUCAACGUGACUGGGAACAAAUCCUCACUUAAUGACCUGUAUCUACUCACUUUGUGGACAACAGAUUAAGGCCUCCAGUGUAUCCAUCCAAUUCUGAUUUUUAGCUUUGCUCCAGCUGCCGCUGAAUGGAAUGCUCCUAGAAAUGAGAAAGAUUAUAUGGUUUUCAGUGGUUGGAACAUGGUUGGUGUGAAAGAAAAUGACCAGAAAUAGCAUUUUUGCACUCCUCGGCUUAAGGUCAAUGGGUGAGUCCACAGUAUAGACCACUUAUUUCCACACUGGAAGCAGCUGGUGUCCAUUGAUUUCUGUUGCAGUCACAGAAAUGCUCAGGUGUUCAAGAAAAUGGAAAACACCUGUCAGAUAGGCGGACAGUUGUUGUGUGAACCAUGCGCUAAAAGCAAACCAUACUAUACUUGGAUGAGCUGGUUUGAAAUUGAAACCCUGGCAACUAAUGUUUCGAUUACAGUGGUUCUCAUAAAGUAUUGGGAGCAAAGCAUAUUAGCCAGUGACCAGUAGUUUAAUGCAAAGCUCUGUAGGCAAAGCAAAGUCUUCUAUUUUAUAGUAACUUUCUAAAAGCCUCCAAACAUGUCUAUACAUCAUGAUCUGCUUUUCUAGUGGGAAGCACAAAUAGUUUUUCUUCAGAUCAAACUGAGUCUACCAAGCAAAUUGCCAAAACUCAUCUGAUUUUUUUCCACAGGGCAGAGUUAUACAUUUCAUGGUGUUCUAUGAUUCUUUUUUUGGAUGUUGGGUAGAGGGACUUUAUAGAACUUUCCUUUUAUUCCAUUCUCCACUGACCCCUCUCCCUGCAGCUACUUUUACUCAUGUUGGGUAAAGAUACAGGCAUCUUUUAAGCCUAAAAGAGGUGUGUGCUUGUAACUAUGUUGCAUUCCCUGAUUACAUUCGAAAUAUUUUGAAUGGGGCAAAGCUUUCUUACAAUUAUGCUGAUUAGCACAUUCCCAGUAGAAACCUGUUUCUCCAUCAAAGCACAUUCGACUACACUUCCCUUAAUAAUCAAGGCUUCUUCUGCCUGAUUCCAGAUUAACCCCCCUCUCAUUGCAGCCCUAUAAGACACAGCCCACACUGUUCAGAUGCAGAGGCUUUUCAGGGGGUACAGAGAAAGGGGGUGAAGUGUAGAGAAAGGUAGAUUGUGUGAGGAUCCUACGGCUUGCAUGAUUGGAUGCAACUCAUAAUGCCCAAGACACUGAUUUGACACCCAUGUUGAUAUUUCUAAAUAAUAAUAAUUUCCACUUUCAUAAUCCCAAAAUACAUUAUAUGGAACAGACUUCUGAAAUGCUGUGUCAGUGACUAGAUACACAUUUCUGGUAAAUCUCUUUAUAAGAAAUAAAUGAGUUAAUCCUCAUACUGACAUUCCUGCAUUGGAAUGACCCGAACGACUAUACGCAUAUAGUUUAGGAAGAAGGUCCCCCCCCCCUACCAUAUUCUGGUUAUUUGGAAGUGCCUGGCUUGUGUUUUUGGCGUAGCUCUUCUCUUCAGAUGUACUGUCCUCAGCACGCCUGGCUGCUAACAGAGAUCAGCAGACUUCUUCCACUUUGCCCAUUCAUUUUAACAGGUCGGCUUUGCCUUGCAUUUUGCCCAGCUUUAUCGUUGAUAAUUCUGAAAUUAAUUUUAGGAAUUGGCACAUGCACAGUUUGUCAUAAUUUAAAGUCUGUAACUCCCCCUUUUUGUGUAUUUGUACAAUAACAUAAAGAUUCAUUUUUUGCUGUUUUUUAAAUAAAUGCACAUAUGUGUGCUUCUGCAGAUUGCUAACCAGUAAGGCGGGAGGGGAAGUGGGGAGACACAACCUGGAAAACGAGUCAAACCGUACGUGUGCAGAAUUCUAAACAGAAUCCAGAAAUCAAAAACAGAAAGAUGGGAGGUUGCUAUUGUAUCAGUACUGCUCUGCACAUAAUUUCAGAUAAUUCAGAAUCCGGGGGAAACUCCAAUGGGAAAAUUUCCUAUGCAUGCCUAACUCACAAGAAAAAGUUUUAUCUCCGUGAACUUCCUCUCCACUGCGAUCUGGCGUCCGGCACUUUUCUCCAUGACUCCCUGGCUCAGCCUAGCCUAGUUUAACAGGUUUGCCGUAAUGCACUAAGAUUCUGCAAGAGCUGAACUCAGGUGAAUUCAGAGUUUCAGGAUUCAACAGCAAACCCUUGUUUCUUUAAAAUCCUACAAGGCACAUUUUCUGCCAAAUACACAAUUAACAAUAUUAAAAUCCAGGAAGCAUCACAAAAGCACAAUUAUAACACAAAAUGCCACCAGUACAUCAAUCAUGCACUCAACAUUCAGCCUGGAUAAAAAGUAUCAUUGCUGCAGCAGCAGAGCUAGUAAAACAAGCAGUCAAGAAAUGUCUUCUGAACAAACAAAUAUAUUUGCAUAAGGGGGAAAAGAAGUCAGUGAGACAACCAGGCGGUUUUACCUAGGAAGAAUAUUCCACAAGUACAUAAAAAGCGAAUAUGUACAUUUUUUGUUCACUACUAUUUCCCCCUAGGAUUUGGUACUCAGGGUAUACUGCCUCUGGAAAUAGCAUUCCAUACAUCAAAUGUUCUGUGCUCUACAUAGUGUUGGACUAUAAUUUCCAUCAUCCCUGAACACUGACCUCCAGAUGGUCAUAGAAACAGAAUUGUAGAGUUGGAAGGGACCGCAAGGGUUAUCUGGUGCACCCCCUGUAAUGCAGGAAUAUUUUGCUCAGUGUGGGUCUCACACAGACAACCCUGAGAUUAAGAGUCUCUUCUCCUCUACUCGCUGAGCAUGAUGUUAGACUGCAUGUUGCUGGACCGUGUUGCCUGGAGCUGAUGGGAGUUCAGAAUCACCCCUGUAUAUAUAGAAACAUAGGGUGGUGCCAAUAUAUGCAGCUACAUCACAUUGCUACAUCACAUUCAAAGUGGCAGCAUAGCAGUGGUUGCAAUUUAGAAGUCCACGGCCAAUGAGUGUUGGAGGCUGGACAGAAGAAAACUGAAUUUCUGAGCUUCCUUUGUCUCAUGCAUAGUCCUAGGGGGGCAACAAACCCAAGAGCAUGUGAUGGAGACUCAGAUGGUCCUCGGAUGGUGAGAGAAAAUUGCCUUCAGAAACUCCCAGGAAGAACUGGCUAGUUCAGGACAGUAAUUCAUUGGCAUGGCUGGUAUUGUAGCUUAGUGGGAAAAACUGGGCCAAAAAAAGGAGUGGUUGAGCCACCCAAGAGGAAGGUGGGGAUGCAGAAUUUUCUUCCUACCUUGUGUACUGGAAUAGCAGGCCAGACCGUUCACUCCAUCGCCAAGGAAGAAGGCCACCCCUCCCUUUUUGCUCUCUCUUUCCUCCGUCCAGAAAUAUGAGCCAGAGUUUCUAUGUGAACACCAGGAAAUGGGUGUUCUACCCUCCCUCCAUGUGGACCGAUGUGCCAGUGACCUCCUUUCCUGACAGGUCCUUACAAAUUAGCAAACUCCCAUAAGGUGCGGAGGUAGCAGUUUCCCAGUCAGCUCGCAUACACAGUUAUGUCUCCAUUACAUCAGUAACCCAGGGCUGACAAAGAGUUCAGAAACGUGCAUCAGCAUAACAAAAGCAGUGCGAGGCUUUCCUGCCCAAGCCUUGGCUGCCAAGGACUGGAGUCUGGGCCUCGGAGUUUGCCUGCCUGAUGGGAAAACCAAACAGCAGUAUGCUCUCACAAACAAGAUGCCAGCAGUAGAAGGACGCUGAAAGGCCGUCAAGGAAAAAACAAUAACAAGCUUCUCCAGGAUGGGUAUGGGAGAGACGUGUGCUCCAGACCUUUAGAAACUCAGCCAGAUUUGGCAGCCAAAUGAAAAGGCAGAAGCCGUGAGGUACAAACAUAAAUGAAAUGCCCAUUAGAGAAACUUUACACUCUCCCUGAAAAAUCAUCAAGAAAAAUGCACAUAGUUAAGCCCGCUUGGGAGUGGAGCUCUAGAUAUGAAACAAGGUCCGGAGCGCAAAACUCUCCCUUCUCAUCUUUUUCAAAAACAGCUGAUGUUGUUCAAUAUUUCAGAUACAUUUUCACAGCCCUAAAAGUUGGUUCCCUCUCAGUAUAUCUCCUCCUCCUUUCCCUCUCUCCCUUCUUUUCUUUUAAAUGUUUGAAACUGCAAUGCCGCUCGGAAGGAAAUUGGUGUAGAAGAGACUGAACUAGGAAUGUUUUUGUGUGUUUGGUUGCACUUUGUUGCAGCCUGGAGUGUGAGUUUUGACUAAAUUUGCAAACUGCUGCAAGAGCCACCUCUUAAAUGUUACAUAAAUUUAGUUGUUAUUAUCAUUAGUAUAAGAAAGAAAGAAAGAAAGAAAGAAAGAAAGAAAGAAAGAAAGAAAGAAAGAAAAAGAAAUGUGUGGCAGCCUUUCCUAACAAUCUCCUCCCACAUUUCUGCAUGUAGAAUUAUUGCAGUAUUUCAGAAACAAACUUUUCAUGAAGAAACCAUCAUGACAUGAUCAUUUUCUUCAUUUUGACUGGAAUCCCAUUCUUUUCAAAGAAACAACAACAGAUUUGUUAACAACUGCUAGAUUUUUCUGGAGUCGUUGUGGUAAUAAAAAACAACAACCCAAAAGCGAUUAAAAUCCUUUGAAAAAUGCAUCAGACUUUACGUAGUCAGAACAUUGUGUUCUGUCUGUCUUUGCUUGUUUGCAUGGCUUUGCCAUUAAGAAAUUCCACAUUCCAUCUCAGGUAAGGAAUUUUAAGGAGUACAGCUGGAAAAUAUAUAUCUAAAUAUAUUUGAGAUCCUGGAGCGGUAGAUAUAAAAGCUGUUGCUAAUCAGGUCUGAAAAUAGGAAACUGGGAUAAUUAUUUAGCUGACUCAGUGUAAGACUGUGUUGGAAAGCUGAACCUUUUGCAGACAUAGACAAGAAAGAAAAGCUGGAACGCUGGGGACACAAUACCCUGAGGUCUGAACAGACUGGAAGGAAAGUCAUUAUACUGCGAAGUAACGGGAGAGCUAAUGUCUGGCUGGUGCAAGACAAAUUUAUUGUUGGCCAGGCAAAGACUAAACAUGACAUGGAAAGCUUCACAGCUUUGCCAAACCCAAUGAAAUUAAUGGGCUGCUUGUAUGGAUAUAGGAUGACCAUGUGUCAGAGGGCAGUCCUCUGUUUUGAAGGUCUGUCUAUCUGAAGUUCCUUUAAAAAUAAGAAACCCCAUAAAAAGGGGGAGCAGGAGCCUUGAAGUAGUCUAUAAACCUUGACAAUGACCAUCUGGUCAGCAGACUGAGCAGGCGCACACACAUCCGCUAGUGUCUUCCCUAUUAUGGUGAGCUAUUUUGUCACCUGAGAUAGCUCAGUUGGUAGAGCAUGAGACUUAGAGUCAUGGGUGCGAGUCCCACGUUGUGCAAAAAGAUUCCUCCAUUGAAGAGGUUGGACUAGAUGAUCCUUGUGGUCCCUUCCAACUGUACAAUUCUUGGAUUUUGAGAUUCUUUAAAUUAUAGUGAUUAUUUGCCCCCAUACAUAUAAAUUACCAUGCGCAAAUUUUAUGCAGCCUGGGGUCCUCUUUCAUGGUGAUGCAUGUUCUCUUCUUAAGCCAUGCAUGCACAAGUGGCCACCCCAAGAGGGUGUGGCAACCCUGAGAAUCUUCUGACAGCUGCGACACCAAAAAGGCUCACUAGAUCCCCAGAGAUCAACUUUGAUUCACUUUGCUAGCCCUAGCAGCUGCUUCCAAGCAGCACAUGGUUACCUCAAUCCACUAAGAGUGAAAAAUAAUCCAUUUAGCCACCUGGAGUUGUGCCAUUGAUGAUCCAUGCUUGAUGGAGUCCCAUUCUUGUACACUCCCCAGCCAACAAAUAGUUGGUCUAGUCAGCUGCUUGCCAUUCUGGCAGGAAGAAGACUGUAUCCAGUCCUGCUUUUCUCCCCUCCAGCAGGUGAGGGGUGCUGUCAAAGCUUGAUGACACUGACAAUCUGUUUGCAAUGCAUGGGCUUCCAAAUGGACUUCAAAUGAGACAGCCCUAUUCAGAGUUGGAAUGUCCAUAAACAUUCCAUGACAUCACAUCCAUCCCAACCAACUGGGAUUGGAGGCAUUAGCGCAGCAAACAACAAUAUGGCAUGUAUGUAACACACUGCAGGAUGGGGUGGGGGAGAUGGGGGACCAGUGCUAUAUAACAAUCUCUUAGGAUUGAACUGCUAGCUAUCAUUCUGUUAAGAAUCCAUGUUUGUUAACAUCAUUACGGCUGCUCCAUCUUCACAACUUGUCUUUCCUUUCAGAGUCACAAUGAAAUCCCGAUUCCGAGGUGGCCACCAGUACUGCUUGCAUCCCAAACUCCCGAGUACCAAAAGAUUACUUAAGUGGUACACAAUAUGGAAAGAGAAAGAGAGGUGGGUAUCACUCGUGUCCAGAGCGCAGGACAGCCUCCUGUCCCUAUGAGCAAGAGGUAUCUUGGGUUAUUAAGUACAUGUGUUUAUUCUGGGAAAAGAUGUCUCUGUCUAACUUGAACACUUGACCCAUAAAUCACAGUGACAAGUGUGACAUCGCUGCUGGCUUUCAUAUCGGAAGUGUGGUAUCAAUGUAAUUUAAAGGGAAAGUGUUGAGCUGUCAAGUUAAAUCCCAGAUUUCAAAAAACAUCAAACAUUUCACAUGACAGUUCCAUUUUUAUUUCGCAAUUUGGACACAAGGGCUUAAGCAUAAAUCCAAGUCAGCUUAAGUACCAAACAACUAGAUCCAACAGCCAAUGUAGCAGCAGAAAUCAAUUCACAAAUUGGAACUACUUCUACUACUUCCUAUUUCUUUUUUGCUUCAUUUCCCCAAAUCCUUGGCUCUUUUGAUUUUAUUGUGAAUAUCUUUAUGGCAGGUGUCAUUCUCUUGAAUCAUAUUGUCACUGUGCAGCUGCUAAAUGUGUAGUAUGAAUAUGAGUAAACGCAGCAGCUGCAGCUAUUUUUGAGCACAAUUAGUUUUUGAGAAAGACAGUGUGGCAUAGUGGUUAAAGAGUUUGAGAGUGGCUGGCAUAACUUGACCAUGGGCCAAUUGGCACACACUGAACAAAACUACAUCACAGGGUUGUUGUGAACAUAAAGUGGGACACACUUCAUGUACUCUACAGCAUUCUGAGCUGUCUGGGUGACAGGAACCACGUCAAGACAAACAAGGCUGGCGUGAAGGCCUUGGCAGGUACUGACUCAAAUCCUGGGACAGUAAUUUAGCCUGUCUGUGAAAUGAAGAUGUUUACUCAGAAGUAAGUGCCAUCGAGUCCAAUAGAACUUGCUUCCUAGAGAGCCUUGUUUUUGUUUUUUUUGUCCCUUCCUCAGUCAUGCUGAUAGUUUUGCCUGAUUGUCUGCCAGCGCUCUUGCGGUAGUACUUGGGAAGCCGGAGAGAAAAUGGUUUGCACUGCUAAAUGUCAACUAUUAUGUAACCUCAUUUCCUCUUGUUUACUUUUUAAAGGCUACCACAGAGGAAAUAAAAUACUCAAGAUCUUAUGUUUAAAUAAUGCUAAGAAUCUGCCUUUGGCUUGUAAAGAGCAAGGCACGUCAGAUGUAAACCUGCCUAGACAUCCAGAUGCCACACAACUGAGGAUGUCUGGUGAGAAGAGGGCUGCCUGAGGCCAAGGGCUUAAUUCUUAAUUUCUGGAUUCCUCUGGGUUGUCAGACCGAUCACGUUAAUUCUUUCUCUGACAGGUCACUGUAUUUUACACACACACGCACACACACACAAAAGAAGUUGCAUAGUCUGGUCUGAAAUGGCUAACAGUAUAACCCCCACAUCAACAAAACUGCUUGGCUGUUUUCACCCACCGUCUCAUGUUUGCUGUCUCAUUUAAGACUCAUGUUUGCUGUCUCAUUUAACUACUUAGGAAUGCUGAAACAAGACAUAUAACUACACAACAAACCUGUACAGUGGUACCUUGGGUUACAUAUGCUUCAGGUUACAUACACUUCAGGUUACAGACUCCGCUAACCCAGAAAUAGUACCUCGGGUUAAGAACUUUGCUUCAGGAUGAGAACAGAAAUUGUGCUCCGGCAGCAUGGCAGCAGCAGGAGGCCCCAUUAGCUAAAGUGGUGCUUCAGGUUAAGAACAGUUUCAGGUUAAGAACGGACCUCCAGAACGAAUUAAGUACUUAACCCGAGGUACCACUGUAAGUGUAAAGUGGAAACAAUGGGUGAUAUUCAGCUACGCUUCGCUCAGAGUAAAAGGUAAAGGUAAAGGACCCCUGACAGUUAAGUCCAGUCACGAACGACUCGGGUUGUGGCACUCAUCUCGCUUUACUGGCCGAGGGAGCCAACUUUGUCCACAGAAAGUUUUUCCAGGUCAUGUGGCCAGCAUGACUAAGCCGCUUCUGGUGAAAACCAGAGCAGCACACGGAAAUGCCGUUUACCUUCCCGCUGGAGCGGUACCUAUUUAUCUACUUGCACUUUGAUGUGCUUUCGAACUGCUAGGUUGCUCAGAGUAGAUCCCCUGAAAGUAAUGAGCAUGAUUAAGUUAAGUCUAUUAAUUCCAAUGGGUAAAAUUUAAUUGACCAACGCUUGAGGCUGAUGUGAGUUGGAGUCCAAUCUCAUUCACAAGAACACAGGCUCACUAUUCCUGCUCUAAAACCUGCCCCCUUUCCCUUGAAGUACAUUCACUGGUGGGCUGAAAAAAAGCACUUUGUUUAUGAUCAGGUGAAUUCUUUUCAUAUUACUUUGCAGCUUCCAGUACUGGGCUAUAGCAUUGAAGUUGUGCUAAGUCCUGCUUGCAUACAGCGAUGCUAAUAUGGUGAAUACAGUAGAUAAAGAUCAGACAACAGGCCCCAGUUAAAUGCUAGUUAAACACUGUACUCUGAAAAGGGUUCUUAAUUAUUGCUUUCACCGACUCUCCCAAAGUUUUUGAAUGAAAAUGUUUUAAAGGCUGCUAUCCUAUGCCACAUGGCCAAUGCACUGCUUGGGUGACUCCCACAUAUAUGACCUCUCCCCACCCCAUGAUUCUUUGUUUUGGGCGGAGCUCAGUGUGAUGGUACACUAGUUAGAUCUCUAAUACUAUGUAGGUCUCGGGUUUAAGAUCUGCGGCAAGCAAUUUAUGAUGGUUAAGAUGGCCCAUCCCCCAUAAGGAGUUCAGCUAUUUUUCUUCAGACAAAAAGCAACUGAAACUGUGGUUCGUAACAUGCUCAACUAGAGACCCAUUUCAAUAGCUGUAUUUAUUAUGCAUUAUGCCACAUGAGAGCCUCUGGCUCUGUUUCACUCAUGCAACUGCCUGCCGUUCAUUUAUCAUUAUGCAGAUAGCAGCCCUUUAAGAUUAGCCUUCAGAUUUUGGGAAAGCCCAGUUAUGCUCACAGGAAUAUAACAUGUCACCCUCUGUAUUUGCCUUAUUAUACCAGCACAUUCCAGAUCGAUGCUGUAAUUUCUGGUGUUACGUUGGCACAGUGGCUACAAUGCACUGCUGCAGCAAAUCUUUGAAUCUUAAGUAACUAAAGCAACAUUAGCGUUCCGCAAAAAUCUUUGUUGCACGACUAACCCUGAGCUCACCCAAGAGGCUCAUGGCGAAAGAACAAAGUAAACUUCUCUUUCCGAGGUUAAAAAGCCAGAACAUUGAUCAUGGGAGCACCUUUGCUUCUCCCUAUAGCUUGGAUGAAUGGAGGCUUAUGUAAAUAGCGAUUUCCUUCAGCAUCAGGGUUCAUUGAACUUCAGCGCACCUGCCCUGGGGUGAAACAGCAGAAGCAGAUGAACUAUUAAGAACAAAGAGCCUGAUUGCAUGCGAACCUCCCUUGUAAUACAAGCUUAAGGGACAGACAAAACACUGAACAUGCGAGCCACGGAAUCCAAUCCCACUGCCAUAGAGGUCAGUGGGGAUUUUGCCAGGAGAAGCUGGACACAGCUCACAGAUUAAUUUUUUAAUUAGGUAUUAGAGGCUUUAAAAAGAUAAAUGCAAUGAAAGCCUGCACUUCUCCUUCCCAGAAAUAAGGCCAAUCCCAAGUAUGGCGUGCUGCUUCAUAGCUUGUUUGUAUAACUGCUGCAACUGGAUUGCCUCCUCACAACAAUUUUAAAAAGUAUAAGUUUUAUGUUGUUCAUUUUUGAGAUUGCAACCCUAUAUGCACUUACCUAGAAGUAAGCUCUCUUGAACAGAGUGGGACUUACACAGGAUUCCUCUGGCAAAUAUUCACAUUGUAGUUUCAAAAAUCAUUCCACAAACUUUUCAGCAAAAAAAGUGGCUGAAUGUACACUCUGACAUCUUUCCAAUUUGCUGUUAUGGGAUGGCAAAAAAGAUGAAAAUCCACAUUUGUUGAAUGUUCUGUCUUGCCUGCACCAGUUUAAAUUCAGAAGCUCUGCCUGACUGAAGGCAAAACUGCAGUUGGGAUUUCAGAUCCUUAGCUUUAUGUGGUGUUGAGUGGUGCAUCAAAGUGUCUGAGAGAUUGCAAUGAGAGUCAGGAAGUUCAUGGUUUGCAUUUUGCUCCUGCCAUGAACUCACUAGGGAGCCUUAAGUAAGUCACCAUCGCUCACUCCACUGCCAAUUUGGGGACAAUAAUUCUUGCACAGUUGUAAAAUUGAUUGAUAUAUUGGAAUGGAAGCUCUAUGACUCUCUAACAUGCUAAAGAAACACAGGAAGCUGCCUUAUAACAAGGAGGACCAUUGGUCCAUGCAUUGGUCCAUGCAGAUUAACAUUGUCUACUCUCACCUGGCAGCAGCUGUCCAGGAUUUCAGAAUGCAAGGGAAGCAUCAAAACAAUGCAGGAAGCAAUACAUUUAUUUGUUAUUUGUGUACUUAAGAAAGAUAGGGGAUACCACUUAUAUGCACAGUUUCUAUUUCUGACCUUGGGCAAACAGGCCAAUUGUGGCAAACUCUGCUUCUACAGUGGAACCUCGGUUUCUAUUCCAGAAGACGGUUUGACUUCCGAAACGUUAAAAAGCCAAAGCAUGCAUUUCUGGAAGCAUUUAAGUCCAGAAAACUCAAUACAGAAGCUGUGUGGACGUUUGGCUUCCGAAAAGCAUUCGAAAACCGAAGCAGUUACUUCCAGGUUUUCAGUGUUUGAAAGCCGAAAUGUUUUAUUUCCGAGACGCUCGAAAACCAAGGUACCACUGUAUUUCUAUUUCCAAUGGAAUUAUCCAACAUCCCUAGGUGAGUCACAUCCUUUGCGCCACCCACUUUUGCCUCCGAUCCUGCCUCCCAGCCACUAUUGGCAUGUGGUCCCCAAAAGGCUGUCCUCAAUGCAAAGUGGCCGUUGGACUACUAAACUUUUUUCCCCUGCCCCAAUUUACAGGGAUGAAGAUGUGUCCCCCUAAUGAUUUCUCUGAAAUGAAUCAGACAGGGAGGAGUCCAACACUCCUUACUCAAUUCUCCCUAGUUAUAUAACAACAAACUACAAAGUCGUCCUAGGUAUAAAAAAUAAACUCUGGUGUAUACUACGUAUUAUCAACUGCCUUUUUACAACACUUCUGUGUCUAGCACACUAUCCAACAACCCAGCUAAGAUCUGCAGAAUAACAGGCUCACAGUUUCCUUAUUUGUUGGCAUUCACAGCCUCUCCUGUCACAUAACCUCUCUUAGGGCACUGGUGGAGCUUGAAAGUUACAGCAAUUUGAUAUAAACAAGGCAGGCCCCUGUGCCCAGUCAACUGCUGCUGUUGUACUUGUACACUUCUUCCAUGGUAAUUGACUCUUAAACUCCUGUUUAAGAUUCACAGGGAAGUGCCCUGAAGAUAUGUGAUAAGGUAACUUACAAAGCAGCUGGUGUGUAUUCAACUCUCCACCCACUGAAUCUAACCAUUUCGUAUUUGAGUAGCAGAGCAGCUAGAAUGAAGCAGGAAGAGCCCGGGAAAAGCUUGACGGCAUGGUUGAAAGGCUCACUCUUGCCUUGGAGAUUUAAGGCAGCAUCUUAUCACUUUAAACAGUCAUGGCUUUCCCCCAAAGUAUCCUGGGGAGUGUAAUUAAUACAUUAAUUAAUUACACUGAGAGUUAAUUAAUUGCACUGAGAAUGGUUAGGAGACCCCUUAGUCCUUUCAUAGAGUCCUUUCAUAGAGUUACAAUCAAGCUCUCUUCCCAGGGAACCCUGGGAAUUGUUGUCCUGGGAGGGAAAUGUGGGUAAAACCUCAGCGCCUAGGACUUGCUGAUCGCAUGGUCGGCGGUUCGAAUCCCCGCGGCGGGGUGCGCUCCCGUUGUUCGGUCCCAGUGCCUGCCAACCUAGCAGUUCGAAAGCACCCCCGGGUGCAAGUAGAUAAAUAGGGACCGCUUACUAGCGGGAAGGUAAACGGCGUUUCCGUGUGCUGCGCUGGUGCUGGCUCGCCAGAGCAGCUUCGUCACGCUGGCCACGUGACCCGGAAGUGUCUGCGGACAGCGCUGGCUCCUGGCCUCUAGAGUGAGAUAAGCGCACAACCCUAGAGUCUGUCAAGACUGGCCCGUACGGGCAGGGAUACCUUUACCUUUAAGGACACUCAGCAUCAAGGCUGCCUUAAGCAUAUGUGGUGGCAGGGUGCAAAGAUCCACCUGGUGCCCCCCCCCCGGUUGCCCAGUUCCAGGCAUGCAGGAGGGUGGAGCCAGCCAGCUGCCUCAGUGUCUCGCUGGCUCGGUCGUCCCCAAACUCGCGACGCAGAGCCACCAGAAGAGCCCACCGCAGCGCUCUGACCGACGGGCGGGCUCUUCCCCAGACUCAACUCUCGGGCCCCAGACUCUUGGUCUGGUGCCCCUGAAAGCCUGACACCCAGGUGCCCCAGACCCCUAGCGCCUAUGGGUAAGACGGCCCUGCUAAGCAUCCUUAACAAACUACACUUCCCACAAUUCUUGGGGAAAACGUGAUUGUUUAAAGUGAUAUGAUGCUCGGGGCCAGCCCAAGACAUUUUGGCACCUGAGGCAGCUGCCUUAGGGGUUUCCUUUAAGACAUGGCUGGAUAGAUGGGCAUUUUAAAUAGGCACCUACCUGCCAAUUCACUGGGUGAGCCUUUCACUUGCCUUGAGGAUGUUGACAGGUAUUUUAAGACUAUGGAGGGCAUGACAUAAAGGCAACCAGCCUUUUGUAGCAGUUAUUGGCUUUGGGAUGCUGGCAGGUAUUGUGCUUUGGCAUUUAGUUUCCUGGGUGGCUCCGAGGUUGCUUGUUUUGUUGUUUAAAUCCAGCCAGCUGAAAAGCAAGUUCUGUUUCUGUUAUUUUGUUUUUUUGUUUCAGCAGAGUUUAUGAAGAGUAA